GGGAUCAAACAGUGGGUGAGCUACUCAGUGGUCUCAUUUACUACGGUGGUGCUGUAUUUGAAUUGCCACACAUUGUUAGUCUCCAUACUGCAAGAUGGACAUCCGCGGGGCUGUGGACGCUGCAGUUCCCACCAACAUCAUUGCUGCUAAGGCAGCUGAAGUUCGUGCCAACCAGGUCAACUGGCAGUCCUACCUCCAGGGUCAGAUGAUUUCUGCAGAGGACUGUGAGUUCAUCAAGAAGUUUGAAGUGGCUCACUCUGAAGAGAAACAGGCCAUUCUGACCAAUGAAGGACAUCAGUGUGCGAAGACCUUUCUGAACCUGAUGGCUCAUAUCUCCAAGGAGCAGACAGUCCAGUACAUUCUGACUCUGAUUGAUGACACCCUCCAGGAGAACCAUCAGAGAGUAAACAUCUUCUUUGACUAUGCCAAGAAGACAAAGAACACCGCCUGGUCCUAUUUUCUUCCUAUGCUGAAUCGUCAGGAUCUCUUCACUGUUCACAUGGCUGCAAGAAUCAUUGCUAAGCUGGCUGCUUGGGGACGUGACCUAAUGGAGGGAAGUGACCUUAACUACUACUUCAACUGGAUCAAGACCCAGCUCAGCUCUCAGAAUCUACAUGGUACAGGUCCAGAAACAGGCUCAGGAGCAGGAACUAUUUCCCCCAGUGAAAGUUCCCAGUACGUGCAGUGCGUGGCUGGGUGCCUCCAGUUGAUGCUGAGGGUUAAUGAGUAUAGGUUCGCCUGGGUGGAGGCUGAUGGCGUGAACUGUAUCACUGCUGUCCUGAGCAACAAGUGUGGCUUCCAGCUUCAGUACCAGAUGAUCUUCUGUGUUUGGCUGCUGGCCUUCAGCCCUCAGCUCUGUGAGCAGCUGCGGCGUUACAAUGUGGUGCCAGCAUUGUCCGACAUUCUCCAGGAGUCUGUCAAGGAGAAGGUCACUCGAAUCAUUCUGGCAGCCUUCCGGAACCUUUUGGAGAAGUCUGCAGAGAGGGAGACACGUCAAGAGUACGCCCUUGCCAUGAUUCAGUGCAAGGUGCUGAAGCAGCUGGAGAACCUCGACCAGCAGAAGUACGAUGAUGAGGACAUCACUGAUGAUAUCAAGUUCCUUUUGGAGAGGCUGGGAGAGAGUGUGCAGGACCUCAGCUCCUUUGAUGAAUACAGUUCAGAACUGAAGUCUGGCCGCCUGGAAUGGAGCCCUGUACACAAGUCUGAGAAGUUCUGGCGUGAGAACGCUGUCCGCUUGAACGAAAAGAACUAUGAGCUCCUCAAGAUCUUAACAAGGCUUUUAGAGGUGUCCGACGACCCUCAGGUAAUAGCAGUGGCAGCCCACGACGUUGGAGAGUAUGUACGACACUACCCACGGGGCAAACGAGUGAUUGAGCAACUAGGAGGGAAGCAGUUGGUCAUGAACCAUAUGCACCAUGAGGAUCAGCUGGUCCGCUACAACGCCCUACUGGCUGUUCAGAAGCUCAUGGUCCACAACUGGGAGUACCUGGGGAAACAACUGCAGUCUUCCGAUCAGCAGCAGGCCCAAGCCGUGGCAGCUCGAAGCUGAGGUGCCUGCUCCAUGGAUGUUUGUUUAACAUUAUGUGGACGACUGUGUACUGUAUGUGUGACAUUCUUCUCAGUUUUAACAAUCGCCUUUUCAUUUCCUGUCAUGAGUCGAUGAAGAACAUUUGUGGCUUCCCUUAUUUGUCGUUACCCUGCUUUAUUCUCGACGUUGCUUGAUUUUCUCGUGCUAUGUGGCGUGCCCUCGCAGCUAAUCGACGUGCAGUUAUUGGAGUAGCACUUUAUGUCUGUGAUGAUAUGUAAAAUUGCAAGUUAUUUAAGUCUUACGUGUGAAACAUUGUGAGUGCAUUCCAAUAAAGAAGGCUGUCUAUGGUAUUGUUGUGUUGUAACUGCAUUUGAUGUCCAAAAUGCACUGUUACAAAAGGCCA